AUGGCGCUGGCGAUAAAGCCACCGCAAGACCGCAAGCGCGUGAAAGUCUACGAGUUACGAGAUAAUGACUGGUUUGAUCGGGGGACGGGCUUUUGUACCGGUGCGAUUGUCGAGGACGUACCGACGAUAUUUGUCGAAUCAGAGGAUGAAAAAGGCCGCUGUCUGUUAAACACGAGUAUUGGGAAAGAUGAAGGGUAUCAGAAGCAGCAAGAAACGCUCAUCGUGUGGACGGAGACCAAUGGAACCGAUAUGGCGCUUAGUUUUCAAGAAGCCGACGGAUGUGCUGCUAUAUGGGAUUAUGUUAGCAGUGUUCAACAUCAACUCCUGGCAUUGGCUGGAGACGACGCCUUAUCAGACGACGCCAUUGAAACAUACCAGCAACCUAUCAUGCUCCCUUCUCCAGAACUGGGAAACCUACCCGAUAUUGAACAAGCAGUACGGAACGCGAGCCUAACACAAGUCGGUCGCGACUCUCUCGGCAAAUUCAUACUUGGCGAUAACUACAUUGACAAACUGAUCCCCUUGGUUGAGACGGCAGAAGAUCUCGAAAGUCUACCAGAUCUCCAUCGCUUAUGCAAUAUCAUGAAAUCUCUCAUUUUACUAAACGACAACAUCAUCAUCGAACACGUGGUAACUGAUGGUAUUAUCAUCGGUGUCGUUGGAGCGCUGGAAUAUGACCCUGAUUUCCCCACGCACAAGGCCAAUCACCGGCAGUAUCUCCAAGACCAGUCCAGAUAUAAAGAAGUGGUGCCCAUGAAAGAUCCCGAGAUUCAGAAAAAGAUUCGCCAAACAUGGCGCCUCCAAUAUUUGAAGGAUGUUGUGCUAGCACGUAUUUUAGACGACCCGACCUUCUCAGUCCUCAACUCUCUUAUAUUCUUCAACCAGGUCGACAUAAUCACUCAUAUCCAAUCCAGCGGUCCCUUUUUGAAAGAACUCUUCGCUAUCUUCGACCCUCGGAAUACGGACCUGAAACGAAAGGACGACGCCGUCACUUUUAUUCAUCAAUGUGCUUCGAUUGCGAAGAAUCUCCAAGCUCCCGCCCGCGCAUCACUUUUCGCCAAUUUCAUUGGCCAUGGUUUAUUUGCGGUGAUUUCUUUUGCUGUGAAACACCCAAAACCUGCAAUGCGCACUACUGGAAUUGAUAUUCUCGUCGCGCUGCUAGACCAUGACCCGAUUAUGAUGCGUAGCUAUAUGCUAAAAGCCGUGAAUGACAAGAAGACGCCGCUUACGGAUACGUUAAUAGACUUGUUGCACACCGAAGGCGAUUUGGGAGUCAAAAACCAACUUUCCGACGCAAUCAAGGUUCUCCUCGAUCCUCAGAUACCUUUGCAAGAAUCGGUGGCUAGGGUGGGAGGGGAUUUUGCGGCCAAGAUUCGCUCUGCAAACCAAAUCCCUGAUGCUUUUAUACAAAACCACUUUGACGAAUCUGCUAAACGGCUUUUUGCUCCUCUUAAACUUCUCGAGGGGCGAACUUCCCUCAACGAUUUCACCUUCCAAGACGUUUCUCUCUAUGCCCAUCUUGUGGACAUUCUGACUUUCUUCGUCCGCCAGCAUUUGUUUAGGACCCGCAAUGUUAUUCACACAGAGUCCUUGGCUCCACGUGUAGCACAGUUGCUGAAAGCUCCACAAAAACACCUCAAACUCACCGCUCUCAAAUUCUUCCGCACUUUGGUCAACCUUCAAGACACUUUCUAUUUCGCCCAGUUAACGCAUAACAAUAUCUUUGGACUUAUUCUCGACAUCGUCUGCGAAACCAUGCCCCGCGAUAAUCUUUUGAAUUCGGCAUGUUUAGAGAUGUUCGAGCAUAUUAGGCGCGAGAAUAUAAAGCCAAUUAUAACUCAUGUGGUCGAAAAAUGCCGCGAUAAAUUGAGAGCUGUCACAUAUCUGGAAACCUUUGAGCAUUUGAUUCAAUCUUACGAUCGAUUGCAAGGCUAUGGCAUUGAAGGUGAUGCGACUCUUUACAGUCAGCAAGAAGCUGCAUUGCCUCAACGUGGUCCCGUCAAUGGACAGUGGCAAGGUAUUCGGGAAAUGGAUGCUACUGAGGAGGAGUACUUCAACGCUUCAGAUGAAGAAGAAGAUUGGCCACCUGAAGUUCGACAAGACGAAACGGCGGCACAGGAACAACCAUCAGCCACCAUUAAGUUGGUUGAUUAUCCUGACGAUGACGAUGAAGUAAUGGAUGCCAAAUCAGAUGCCAAUGUUGAGAAGCAAGAAAUCGAAUUGCCAGAACGUAACCUUGAGACAGACACUCCUACAACACCUUCUGCUUCAUUACCACAGAAUCCUCCAGAACGACUUUCAGAGAAACGUCGUCGCAAUGACGAAGAUGACGAUGAGCUUGUACGACUCGCUUACAAUGGACCGAAACGACGAAGCUCUAGUGCCAGUACUACCGGUUCAUCGUACUUACGCCGUCGGCAAAAUUCGAUUGACCAGUCCAUUACGAGCAAAAAGGUCGCUGGCGGUGAAAUUUCUAGGACUGCUCCUAAGAAGAUCGCGAUCAAUUUAAGCCCGUCGCUAAAGUCUCCAGUCACAGUUGAGGCCGAAGCAAUUCAAAUCAGUGAUAUAGAGGAAUUGAAUACUGACAAAUCACAAGGUGAUGCAGAGAAUGAGGAGAAUAAUUGA